ACGCACAACAUGAUCAGUAGUUCAUAAUUAAAUAACAUAAGAUAGUCAUGAUGCUGCUGUGGGUGCUGGCUUGUAGCCUGGCCGCGUUGCAGGGGUGCCAGGCGCAGGGUGCCACCUCCACCGCCGGGAACCUCGUCAACUACACGGCCCUGUUCGGGACAUCCCCGAGGAAGGACCUGGACUUCCUGCAACUCUGCCGCUACGACGGAUACGACUGCGAAGCGCACACGGUGACAACCCUCGACGGAUACAUCCUGUCAGUGUUCCGAGUGCUGCCCAACGCCAACUGCACGGAGCAAAAGCAGCCAAUCCUGUUCAUGCACGGGCUGUACCUGACGGGCGACGACUGCCUGACGCCCGGGCCCGGCGCCGCGCACUGCUACCUGUACAGCGACGCCUGCCACGAGGUGUGGGUGCCCAACGUGCGCGGCAACCGCUACAGCCGCCGCCACGUCUACCUCAACCCCGACAGAGACGAUAAGUUCUGGGACUUCGCUCUUGAAGAACACUCGUACCUCGAUCUGCCUGCUUCUGUUGACUACGUUCUAGCGAAAACUGGACAGCCAAAGGUAGCGUUUGUCGGACACGCGCAGGGCGCCACCAUGCUGGUGCUUCUUUGCGCCAAGUACCCCGCGUAUAACGACAAGAUUUCUGUCGGAUUCGGUAUUUCCAUGACCGCAUGGCUGAAUCAUGCGACAUUCCCCGUUCUGACCAUCCAAGGAGUUCUGGCUCCUCUGCUAACGGGUGCAGUGAAUCUCGGAGUGAACGGCGAGUUGUUCCCGCACGGAGGCAUCACGACGACGGCGGCGGAGGCGCUGUGCGGGCUGAACACCGCCAGCUACCCGUUCUGCUCCGUGCUGCUGUUCGCCACGCUCGGCUACAACCGCUUCCAGAUCACCAACGAGACUCUCCCAGUGGUCGUGGGGCAUAUUCCCGGAGGAACCUCGCUGAAGAACUUCAACCGCUGGGGGCAGAUCCGGAAGAACGGGUUCACAGAGUACGACUACGGCUUCGUGAGGAACUGGGUGAAGUACGGCUGGUACCGGCCGCCGCAGUUCGACCUGAGCCGCGUGUCGGUGCCGCUGGUGUUCCUCGGCAGUGAGGGCGACGUGGUGGCCGCCGUGCCUGACGUCAUCAGGCUCCGUCGCGCGCUGACCACCGCCGAGCUGUGCGUGCUCGCAGACAAGACCUUCGGACACUUGGACUUUGUUUAUGGCAAAGAUGUACCCAACUACAUCACUCCAAAAAUAUUGUCCAGCAUUGAAAACGGAACCUAUGUGUGUGAUGGAUAUUUCAUUUAGUACCCGUUAUACUCCGGAUUGAAAAUUUAAUUAUGUACCUUACGCAAAUGUCGCUUUAUCACAGUUCAAAUAAAUAAUUAAUCAAAACUGUAAA